AUGGUUAAGUACGGGCUGGACUACACCCGCUGCCGAUGGAUCUUGCCUCUGCUUUUGGGCCUAGCCAUGAUCUUUGGCAUCAUAGCACUUGCUGGUUGGGGUUGGCUAUACUCUCAGACCCUGCCAUUUAUUCAGUAUGCCUCGUUAUGGAGAAUAUGUUCUCUAGAUAAUGGAGAACAAUGCAGAUCGCUCAUGAAUUAUGCCUGGGGUAGAGCUGCAGCUGCCACUUUCUUAGUUGGAUUUGUACUUGUAGUAAUCUGCUUCGCCUUAUCCAUUAUCGCAUUUGCCAUCCCAACACUUCGUUUCAACUUCAUAAGAGGAAUAGGAGGCCUCUGUUUUGUUGCAGCGGUAUUCGCAAUUAUGGGUCUUGUCAUCUACCCUGUAACGAUUACAAAAUAUAUCGCCUUCCCAGCAAAUACUGUGAAUGAGUUCGGUUGGGCUUACGGCUUUGGAUGGACCAUGUGUCUUAUGGCAAUAGGCCUAGGGUUCUUCUUUUGCUGCCUACCCCUCUAUGAAGAUCAGAUUUUGGGAAAUGUCAAGCCUUAUUAUUAUCCAGGCCCCUAG